UUUUAAUCUAUCCCGCGCCCCUCAUGGUGAAUGACCUCAUAUAUCGACUUUUUUCUCCCAACACGGCCGAGUGCGAGACCAAGCCCGAGUCGGAGGUGAAGGCUGGCGUUCAGGACUAUUCCGAUGCAGCUAUGGGCUAUGACUCGGACACUUGGUACAACGUGUACGAGGCUGUGCCGAAGACAGAGGCCGAGAAGAAUUAUGAGAUCAUCAAAGAGUGUGGGUUAGGAGAGAUUUGGGGUGAUCCCGAGCCUCCAGCUCCUGCCCCUCCGAAGCCUCAGCCACACACCUUCGGUUUAGACUGGGAGAAGGAAGUUGGCAAGCACUUCGGUAUGGUUCCAAGUAAGGCUGAACCACGGACCUCGAGUGAGAUACGCGAGACUACUGCUGAAUAUGCUAACAAAAUUCAUCAGUCUGAUCCUGAUGAUGCUUGCAAGUAUUUGGCGAUAGAGGAGUAUCGAUGUUUAUUGACGGCUCAGGCUGAUAUAGAAACCGAGGAGGCUGCGACCAAGUGCUUCAAGUGGAACGAUGAGUGGCGUCGUUGCCAAUGGGAUCAAUAUAAGUUCAAUGAGGGUCUUACUCAUAUCGAGGGGCCUCAGAUCAAAAAAGCAUACCGUUUCGCGCCGAACUACAAGUACGCGUGAGAGAUGUGUUUUGGACGGCGUUGGCGAUUAUCGUUUCUUCGUGGCCG